AUGAGUGGACCGACAAAUGUUCAGUACCAGGCAGGUCUUUAUGGAGGAAACAACAACAGCAGCUCUCCUCUCUCCAGCCGUGGAAACUCGGCCAUCGUGUGCGAGCGCUGCGGGGAGGUUUGUCGUGGCGAGGUGGUGCGAGUCAAAAACACACACUUCCACGUUCACUGCUUCACCUGCCAAGUGUGCGGCUGUGAUCUGGCGCACUCUGGUUUCUUCCACCACUCUGGCGAGUACAUCUGCACAGAGGACUACCAGCGGCUCUACGGGACCCAGUGUGACAGCUGUGACCAGUACAUCACUGGAGAGGUGGUGUCUGCCCUCGGGAGGACAUACCAUCCACACUGCUUCGUCUGCAGCAUCUGCAGGAGUCCGUUCCCAAUCGGAGACAGGGUGACCUUCUGUGGCAAGAAGUGUGUGUGUCAGCAGUGCUCACACACUCUGAGCAGCGACAAGCCCGUCAAGGUCCACGGACCAAGCUACUGUGCAGGCUGCGGCGAGGAGAUCAAGCAGGGCCAGUCGCUGCUGGCUCUGGAGAGGCAGUGGCACGUCAGCUGCUUUAAAUGCCGAACGUGUGGCUGUGCGCUCACUGGAGAGUACAUCAGCAAGGACGGGACACCUUACUGUGAGACUGACUACCACGCUCAGUUCGGCAUCAGGUGUGACAGCUGUAACAGGUACAUCAGCGGCCGAGUGCUUGAGGCUGGAGGUAAGCGCUACCACCCCAGCUGUGCCAGGUGUGCCCGCUGUCACAUGAUGUUCUUGGAAGGAGAGGAAAUGUACCUAACAGGUUCAGAGGUUUGGCACCCCAUGUGUAAAGAAGCAGCUCGGCUGGAGAGAAAACUGAGGCUGAGACGUACCUCUGAGACGGCGUCCAUUUCCCCUCCAGGCUCCUCUCCUCUCCUCGGCUCCCCUCACCGCCUCAUCUGUUCUAAAGCUGAUGGUGAUGUUUUGGACUAUAAGCAGCUGGCGGCGCUGCCCAGGGUCAAAGCCUUAUAUGACAUCCAGCGGCCCGACAUCAUCCCUUAUCAGGCCGACCAUGCGCACACACACCUCUCAGACGACACGUUGGAGCAAUACAGCUGUGGACAGUCAUUAGGAUCUUUAUCGCCGUACUCUCAUGAUCUCUUGGACGGCGUCGAGUUGAGAACGAGGCGUUCCUCCAGCUCCAUCUUCACUGACUCUCCUGCACACAGUCGCCACGGAGGCUCCCCGCUGCAUUGUUAUCUCCCCGGCAGUGAGAGUGGCAGGAGUUCACCCUAUUACAGUCAGCCAGAACCCCGGUGCGCCACACCCACCACCACCACCUUCCAAGCCCCCAGGCAUUUCCAUGUGCCAGCGUCUGAGGAAACCAACAUCUACAGGAAACCCCCCAUCUAUAAGAGACAAGACCUAUCUGCCUCUCCAACAGCCAACAAGAGUAAGACCAAUGAGUACCUCGUCAAUUCCAGACGCCUCUCCACCUCCAACUGUAACAGCCUUUAUCACCCAGACUCCAACUACUACCCAAAUACUGGCUCUCCAAAAGUCUCCAGGGUGAGGAGGUUUUCGUCUGGAGGGGAGGAGGAUGGAUGGAAUCACAAUAUAAACAGGGGAAUCGGCAGGAUGAUCCUGAAGGAGGAGAUGAAGGCCCGGUCAGGUUGUCACGACAAUGACCAGUGGGGGAGCAGACGCAGUUCCCGCUGUAGCAGCAAGGAGGCGCUGAACAAUCUGGGAUUCAGCUCCCUGAAUGGCUCUCCCAGGUCGGUCUACAGCGCAGACAGCGACUCGUAUAUUGCCAAAUCGGCCUCGUUGCCAGGCUACGGCAGAAAUGGACUAAACAGACAGCCUGGCAGUGCGGGUGCAGAUUAUUACCAGUAUGACAGCAGUAAUGCAGUUAAUUGGCAGAUCAGAGAAUACAAGAUCUACCCAUAUGAAGCCCUAAUUGUGUCAGUCAGAGGGCAGCAGCGUCUUCCAAAUGAUGUGGACCGAGCCAGACUGGAGCGUCACCUCUCACCAGAGGAGUUCUACAGAGUCUUUGGCAUGUCCAUGUCUGCCUUUGAUCGCCUUGCUCAGUGGAAGAAGAACGAACUGAAGAAACAGGUCCGACUCUUCUGA